AUGGCAUCUGGUAUAACCACAGCGACCUCAUCUAGGGAUGCAGUGAGGAUCAAAGUAAUCCAGGUUGUCAAACACAUGAGACAUCAAAGAGCCAGCCACUGUGAAGUUGAUUCCCAGUGUUGCCGCUUUAGUGUGGAUCCUGAACUUACUGGCUAUGAGGUAUUAAGAAACUUGAUUGCCAGAGCCUUUGAUCUAAAGGGAGAGUUCCAAACUUGUUACCUAGCACGUGAUGAUCGGUUCCCUGAAGCAUGUUGGCUCCCAAUGCUAUCUGAUUUUGAUCUAGAGAUGGCAUUUAUUAAAUCUUCUGAUCCAUACUUAUUGGUAAAAGUGGAAUUAUUGUCAUCUAAUGGUACUUGGGAUGCUGUCACCAACAUGGAUAUUCCCAAACUUUCUUUGCCUGACCUCCCAAGAAACAACUACUCUGCUAAACUCCCAGGAAUCUUUAAAGAAAAGAUGGAGAAAACCUUGUCAAUUGUUCAGAAGGCCUUGAACUGGAAUGAAGAGGGGGAUGAAGCCUCUUUUCGCCCAACUAGACCUCCUCUGACCGAUUCAGAGUUUCAGCAGAUGCUAAAUCGUGUGGGGCAGCUGGCUCAUCCAAAAGAACUACGUCUUUGUGUUUAUUUAGGAGGCCUUGAGCCAUCUCUUAGAAAAGUGGUGUGGAAACACUUACUGAAUGUAUACCCUGAAGGCCUAACAGGAAGAGAAAGAUUGGAUUACAUGAAACAGAAAACAAAGGAGUAUGAAGCACUGAAGGCUGUGUGGCAGGAACACCUAAAUAAUGAUCAGCAGGUUAGUGAGGAGGUGAAAUAUGUGACAAAUAUGGUUCGUAAGGAUGUCUUGCGCACAGAUAGACAUCAUUCUUACUUUAGUGGACCUGAUGACAACACCAAUGUUCAGUCUCUCUACAGCAUAUUAACCACAUAUGCGCUGAAUCACCCAUCAAUUGGAUAUUGCCAAGGCAUGAGUGACUUGGCCUCACCCCUUUUGGUAACCAUGAGAGAUGAAGCACAGGCAUACGUGUGCUUCUGUGCACUCAUGGCUCGUGUACACUCCAACUUUCAUAUUGAUGGGGAUGCUAUGACUCUCAAAUUUCAGCAUCUCACUGAAGCUCUUAUAUUUUAUGAUAUAGAAUACUUCUCUUAUCUGCAGGUUCAUCAGGCCGAUGACCUUCUCUUUUGUUACCGGUGGUUAUUAUUGGAGUUGAAACGGGAGUUUGCCUUUGAAGAUGCCCUCUAUAUGUUAGAAGUUCUUUGGAGUUCCCUUCCACCAAACCCACCAGAGGAGUCUUUGCCAUUAUUUGAGGUACCAUUUAAUCCAGUUCAAGAGGAGAAGACACCUAUACCCCCACCAACACCACGACAAAGUCAUUAUGAUAAUGUGUGUGCUCUGAGACGACAAAGGUCGUGUGUAUCAAAUAGAAGUGCUGAGUGCCUUGCAGCCAUCCUUAGUAGAAGAGCAGCCAGUGUGGACUGUGAUGGGCCUGAAACUGGUGCAGGUGGUAAAAAACUAAGUAGAACCUGGUCACAGCCAAUUGACACUUCUCGUGUGAGAGUGCGUGUACCAAGUGGGGAAACUGCUAUAAAUGUUGAUAGGAUACGAGAGGAAAGUACUUCACCGGAGGACAGCCCUACCAGGAAUAUCAGAAAAAUCAGGAAUCUAAGAGAGUUCCAGCUCUUGACUAAAAAUAAAGAUUCUGAUUGUGAAAGUAACCCAGCUUCACCAUGCAGAGACAAAAAGACAUUAUCCAAUAAAAACAAAGAGGAGUAUUCUAAGCCACUACCAGUUUCUUGUGAAAAUAAAAGCAACAAAUCUCGAAGAUGUUUUUCAGACUCGGAUGCAGAUGUUGGUGUACCUGUAUACUCUGAUGGCGGGGAAGUAGAUGUUUGGCAGAAUCCUGUUGCUACACUGUCACCAGAGACUGAUCAACAUUUGCAAAUUGUUUGCCAGGAAGAGCAACCUACCACAAUUCAGCAAUUGACACCAAAAGUCAAUGGUCAGCAUCAGUCAGAAGUAGAUGGUGAGGGUGAGACUACCAUGACAGCUAGUGUUAAUUCCUGUGAAGAGGUAACAGAGGUUACUGGAUGGCAAGUUGCUAUGAGUGCUAGUGGGUCUCCACAGGUUCAUACAAUGCCUCCCCCAGAAGAGUUUGGUGGGGGUAACCCAUUUCUUAUGUUUCUGUGCCUCACUCUUCUCUUACAACACCGUCAACACAUAAUGCAAAAUAAAAUGGAUCACAAUGAGCUAGCCAUGCACUUUGACAAGAUGGUUCGACAACACAAUGUAAAUAAAGUUUUAGCCCAGGCUCGACGUAUGUUUGAGACCUACCUCAAGCUGGAUUUUUCUAAGGCACGCUCAAAAAAUACCCCUCCUAGUUCUACAAUUGACCAAUCUUGUUAAACUGCAAAGUUAUUGAAAUGUUCCAUUUCUGAACUACAGUUGUUCAGUACUAAACUAAAUUAUAAAACAAUAGUCAUGGUGCCUCCCCACCCUAUUAAAGUGGGAAACAGGGUAGUGAUAAUAUUUAUAGGUCAUGUUUUCAAUUAAAAAUAAUGUUUUAGAAGUGUGUUCAACUGAAGUGGAUUUCAUUAAAAUAGUGUGUGAAAGUCUAUAAAAAAGUUAAUUUUGUUUUAUGAAAGUUAGCUUUUUAACAUUUAAAGCUGUUUGAAGGUACCAUACCAUUAUUUGCCUUAUAUGAAUGUUUAGAAAAAACUUAUGCAGUACCACUUCAGAUUUACUCAUUGGAAAUGCCUUCGUCCCAGUGAUGCCAUGAAUGAUAAUGAACCAGCAGUGUUUUAUGUAUCUGCAUUAUUGAAAUAAAGAUUUCAGGCAUUGUGAAUUCAGUAGUGCAAGUAAAAAGAUUACUAUUAAUUCUUUCAGGAAUGAACAAAGCAAACCUUUUUUCUUAUAGUUCUAUAUUAUGGCAUUCUCUGCUUGGAUUCCACACUCAAGCAUUAAAUUAAAAAUAGAAAAAAUGAGUUCUUAGUGGUUUGUUUUGAAAGAAUAUAUUUUUCACAAAAUUAACUGUAUUUCAUAUGCAUUUGUAACUAAUAAUUUGGUCCUGUUAAUAGGGACUUUCCAUGAAAAAUUUGCAUUGUAAUAAUUACCAUGUUUUCAGUGUCUAUAAUGAUGGCCAUAUCAUUCCCUUAUCUGUACAGUAAUUUUAUCUACCUUAUCAGAUUUUACUCAUGGCAGGUAGGGGAAGUGGAAUAUUCAAAUGGCUUCAGGAAGAAAUCCAAAUAUAUUUUCUUAAAGCCUUUAUAUCCACUUCUCCGAGACUAUCGGUCCCACAGUUUGCACUGAUAGCAGAGUAUAUUUUGCUUCCAAUAUUUGCUGAUGGAGUUUAGGGGUAAUCAUUGUGAUGGUACUUAGCAUCUUUUACAAGGGCUUAAAUCAUUAUAAUAGUUUGGAUAGUCAACCUACCUUUAUGUUCUGCAGUUAUGUUAAUUUCAAGUUAGGCAGUGCUCUGAAUUUGCUGCAAAUAUUUCUUAAUUAUUAAUUUAUAGAAAUAUUUUAUUUUGGAUUAUUACACGUCUUAUGAUCUGUUAGCUGUUGUUAAAAUAAGUACGAUAACAAAUAUUUAAAAAAAUUCUCAAUUUCAUCUGUCCUUUAAAAGAGGUAAUGUAAAUGUAUAUCCAAUACUUGCUUUAUUAUAAAUUCUGCACCUAACACGUUUUGUAGUUUAUUUUUAAUACUGAAGGGACAGCUAUGUUUCACAUUGUACCUUGGAUAAAUUUGAUCCAUACUAUUUCUUCCCUUAAAUGUAAUUUUCUGUUCUUUAAACUUAAUAUUAAAUCUA